AUGAGCAUCUCAUUCCAUCGGAAGGUUCGCCUAGCGGUGGCAACUCUCAACAAUUGGGCACUCGAUUUUCAAGGAAACUAUGAAAGAAUCAAGAAAACUUGUGAGGAAGCUCACAGAUUGGGCGCCCGUCUUCGUGUCGGUCCCGAACUCGAAAUUCCUGGAUAUGGUUGUGCUGAUCAUUUCUUCGAACUUGACACCGAGUUACACUCUUGGGAAAUCCUGAAGCGUCUCGUUCAGGAUUCAUUGGCAUGGCCAACUCUUGUGGUUGUGACUGGAAUGCCGAUUCGACGAGAUGGUCUCCUCUACAAUUGUUGUGUCGCGUUUUCUAAUGGAAAACUGCUACUCAUUCGGCCGAAAAUCACUCUCUGUGAUGAUGAUGUUUACCGAGAGUCAAGAUGGUUUGUGCGAUGGAACCAACGAGGAGUGACCGAAACACUGAAGAUUCUCCCAGAAUUCAGAUUCAACGAGGAAGAGGUGCCAUUUGGAGAUGGAGUCCUUCGAACAGUCGACAAUGUCACCAUCGGAUUUGAGAUUUGUGAGGAAUUGUGGACAGCGAACAGCUCCCAUGUGCAUCUUGGACUUCGUGGUGUCGAUAUCAUUGUGAAUAGCUCGGGAAGUCAUCAUAUUUUGGGGAAAAGUUGUUAUCGCUUGAAUCAACUCAUUCUCGGAUCAACUGGAAAAGUUGGUGGCGUCUAUUUAUUUGCAAAUCAUCGAGGCUGUGACGGAGAUCGAGUGUAUUACGAUGGAAUGAGCAGUAUCUCACAGAAUGGAAAACUUUAUGCUCAAAUUAACCAAUUUGACAUCGAGGAUACGUGCCUUGCAACAGCUUUGAUCGAUCUGAAUCGUAAUGUCACUUAUCGAUCACGACUUGCGAGUAUGAGAAAUGAGGCAGCUUCUCGUCCAUUCCUUUCGUCAACGACCAUUGAGAACACUCUAAUUGAUCAUGAACUUGAUCCAACUGAAUCACUGACUGAACCAAUCGUAACUAGACAGAAAAGCCCAACUGAAGAGCUUUGUGAGGGACCGCCAGCCUGGCUUUGGCAUUAUUUGAGAAGAAGCAAAGCGGCUGGUUUCUUUUUACCGCUUUCCGGUGGCUCUGACUCUUCAGCAGUGGCUGUAAUGGUUCGUUUAAUGUGUGACAAGGUGUGUGCUGCAGUGAAAAAUCGACGACUCACUGACGGUGGAGACGAUCCAGCUUAUUAUCUGAAUGGGAAACUCGUGGGAGAAGAUCCGGCUGCACUUUGCAAUCAAAUUCUUCACACAUGCUACAUGGCCAGUGAGCAUUCAAGUACCGAGACUCGAGCUUGUGCCGAUGGACUCGCGAAACAAAUUAAUUGCUCGCAUUCGGGAUUGUUCAUCGAUACCGCAGUGAGCGCCUUGUUGGGCAUUUUCAAACUUGCCUACAACUUCAUGCCCAGCUUCACGAGUGUCGAUAAUCGAGAAUCGAUGGCUUUACAAAAUGUGCAAGCUCGGGUGCGAAUGGUUCUCGCGUACCUUUGUGCUCAAUUAGCUUUGGCGGCUCGUGGAUCACCGGGAGGGUUACUUGUUCUUGGAACGGCUAAUGUCGAUGAAAGUCUUGUUGGCUAUCUGACAAAAUACGAUUGCUCAUCAGCGGAUAUCAACCCGAUUGGCUCGAUUUGUAAGACGGAUUUGAGACUUUUCCUCAACCACGCAUACGACAAUUUCGGAUUGACGGCACUGCGAUAUGUCAUCGACGCAGCGCCAACCGCUGAACUUCGGCCACUCGUUGAAGGGAAAAUCGCUCAAACUGAUGAGGAAGAUAUCGGAUUAACAUAUGAAGAGUUGUCGAUUGUGGGAAAGCUGAGAAAGCCGGGAUGCAUGGGCCCAUAUGCAAUGUUUAACGCGUUGAUCUCGAUGUGGCAUAACAAGUACACAUAUGAUGAGAUUGCCGAGAAAACGAUUCUCUUCUAUAGACGAUAUGCCAUCAAUCGCCAUAAGGCCACCGUAUCGACACCGGCUUAUCAUGCCGAAUCGUACAGCUGUGAUGAUCAUCGGAAUGAUCAUCGACCUUUUCUCUAUCCUGAUUUUCAAUAUCAAUUUGAGCUCAUCAGAAAGAAGGCUCAAGAGCUCAAAGGGAAAAAGCCACGCAAU